AAUUUUUUUUUCUCGGGCAAUCAAUUUCCUCUCUCUCCCAGAAUCGCAGGGCCGCCCCGUCCUCGCCGCUGGUCGGCGGCGCUGCUUUCCGACCACCCGCCCGCCGGUGGUUCUUGUGGAUGUGGUACACUAAAAGCUAGGUUGCUGUUAAAUAAUGUCAAAAAGGAGAUUGUCUCACUGCAGCCAUCCGAUUAAUGGAACUCCCUUUGAGGCAUAUUAUCAUGGAUCUUGGCAUGGAGUAGAUCAUAUUAGCAUCAGAAAUGGAAGUACUUUUGCAAAGUUAAACUACCACGGAACCAUGAUUGUGGAUAAAGUAGAUGGUGAUUGUCUACGUAUGAGAUCUAGGAAAGCAAGCUUGAGUGAUUGCAUCCAUUUUCUGAAGCCUGGCGUAGAGGUGUGUGUGCUUUCACGUCAUCCAGUCUCAGCAAAUUUUGGCCAAGAAGUGCAAAAACCUUUGCUCUCUUGGCAUGAUGCAAUAAUUAUCUCGAUCAAGAAAGUCCGUCAUGUAGAUCACUGCAGUUUCCUAUUCUCGGUCAUGAUUUGUACAAACAAAUCUUCAGUGAGUGAGAAGAAGGGCAGAAAUGACAGAUGGGCUGAGGUUGUUCCAAUUGAUAAUAUUUCCAUCCUUCAGAAACUCCAAAGUGAACCUUGUGAAGAUGGAUAUUACCAAUGGAACUCAACUGUAGAUUGUGUAUCCUACGGUAAAAGUAAGCUGCUCAACGAAGCAUUUUCUUCUGAAGUUGCAUGGUUGCUUGUACUGUCCACUCUAAAGGGGAUGAGUUUUGACUUGAAGUUGGUUCAAAAUAAGUUAGUGUCUUUUAUCACUAAAAGCUAUCAAGAGUCUGCAAGUCUAUCUAAUCUACAGUCAGAUGGUGCCACAAACAUAACCAAUUCAAGUUCCCAUGAGACAAUAAAGAUCAUGCGCUUCCAGUGGUCCAAUGAGAUACUGAAGCCUAAGAUUCAGACUGUUGUCAUGGCACCUUCUGAGGAAAUAACUCCCGAGAAAGCAACUGAGGCCAAUCAUCAUGUUGUCAAUGUUGAAAGCGACUCAGAAGUCGAGUUUUUAUAUGAACACACGAGUUUGAGACAUUCUAAACGAUUAAAAGUGGUCCCUGAUCGUUUUAGUAGCUAUUCUUCACCAGAUUUUGGUCGCUGUACUAAGAAGAUUGUGAUAGAGGGUAUAAAUGGAACUGAUGAAACUUGUAUUCCUUUUAAAUCUGGGGUUUUAUUAGAGGGGGAUCUUGAUUAUGUGGAAUUGCAACAACAGAAGUUGUUGGAGGGAAAAUCUGCACUGCUUCACUCACGGCAUUCUUCCAAUCUGCAUGAAAUGACACUGAUAGGCUUACACAAAAGAGGUAAAGAUGGAAGCACGGACCCAUCGUCAAAUGAAAUUGACCAUAUUCCUCUACAUGUAUACAAGAGAAGAUUCAAAAGGAAGAAAUUAGCAAAUCCAAAUGAGUGCAAAGAGGUGAUAGAGAAGUGCAUAGGAAAUAUUAGAAAUCAAAUUGAGAGACAGUUUGAGCCUAUUGUGCCACAGGCAGCUUAUCAACCAACAGCUUCACCAAAAGAAGAAGAAGAAGAAGAUUUUAACUGGACACCAUUGGCUGAUACUCCAGCAGAACAAAAAGAACACGAAGAUUUAUGGAAAGAGAUGGAGCAUUCUUUGACCACACUUGCUCUUCUUGAACAGAAGCAGGCAGUGAACUUCGAAUCCCAAACCGAAGGUACUUUCAAUUCAGUGGAAUAUGGUGAAGAAAAAUGCCAACAUGAUUACGAGCUGCAUGAUGAGAUUGGACUAAGAUGUCGGUUAUGCAGCUUUGUUUGCACUGAAAUAAAGCAUGUGUCACCACCAUUUUUACAGGUAGAUGGUUGGAAUUCAUUCAAGGAGAAAUUUGUUGAUCAAACACUCUGGAUUGAACGGUAUGAUCUGGAACUGAACGCUUUAGGAGAUGCUAUUUCCUCGAGGGAAAUUUCGUUAUCAGAAAGGUGUGAAAAUGUAUGGUCCUUGAUAGAUGAUCUCCAGUCAAAAUUACACCUUCACCAGAAGAAAGCUUUUGAGUUUAUCUGGAAAAACACCACUGGAUCUUUGAAACCUGAAGAGAUGAACCAUUUGUCAGAAAAUACUGGUGGUUGUGUGAUCUCACAUUCUCCUGGUUCAGGAAAAACCUUGCUUAUAAUUGCGUUUAUUGUCAGCUACUUGAGACUAUUUCCUAAAAGCCGACCCUUGGUACUUGCUCCCAAAUCUGCCAUCCAUACCUGGAGCAAGGAAUUUCAGAAAUGGGGGAUUUCAGUUCCUGUUUACCUGAUUCAAAGGGAAAACAAAUUUAGAACAUCAUCCUUCAGGACUAGUAUGCCAAGUAGGAAAAUGAGGCAAAUAAUGGAUUCUGUUAAAAAGCUACAACAAUGGCAUGAAAAUCCAAGUAUUCUUCUAAUGAAUUAUUCAUCAUUCUUUGCCUUGUCGAAGCAAUAUUCAAAACUCGAGCAUAUUAGGUUCGUGGCUGAAGUUCUGCAAAAAAGUCCUGGGAUUUUGAUUCUGGAUGAGGGUCACAACCCAAGAAGCACCAAAUCAAAAUUACGGAAGCUCUUGAUGGAAGUGAAGACUGAAAACAGAGUUCUUUUAUCUGGGACAGUUUUUCAAAACAACUUUGAGGAAUACUUCAACACACUAGCUCUGGCCAGACCUCGCUUUGUUGACGAUGUUGUCAAUGAGUUGGAGCCAAAUAUGCUGAAUCUUUUUGAUAGAAAUAAGCAAAAGCAAGCAAAGACAAAAAUUCGCAAAGAAAGACUGGCAAGAAAGCUUUUCAUGGAAAAAGUUGGACAAAAUAUUGAAUCAAACAAAGAACAUGACAGAAAGCAAGGGUUUGGUUUGUUAAACAAAAUCACAGGUGGAUUUGUCGAUGUUUAUGGCAGUGAAAUAUUAGAUAUGCUUCCUGGUUUGGAAAUUUACACUAUUAUGUUGGCGUCAACAGAACUUCAACAUGAAAUGUUGAUGAAGUUACAGAACUCAGUGCCACACAAAAGAUACCCACUUGAAUUGGAGAUACUGGUCACAGUAUGUUCUAUCCACCCAUGGUUGGUAAAAUCAGUGGGUUGUGUGACUAGUUUCUUCAGCGCAGAUGAGUUGGAGACCAUCAGUAAAUGUAGAGAAAAUUUCAGGCUUGGUUCCAAAGUAAAUUUUGUGAUUGAUCUUGUGCACAAAUCCGAUAUUCGAGGGGAGAAGGUUUUGGUUUUUUGUCACAAUAUCUCGCCAUUGAACUUUCUGGUUGAUUUGUUUAAGCUUAUCUUUGGGUGGAACAAAGGAGAAGAAGUACUGAUUCUGCAAGGCGAUCAAGAGCUCCCUCUGCGUGCAAAAAUAAUGGACAAGUUUAACGGUGAUGUCCAUGGCAAAUGCAAGGUUCUGCUUGCAUCAACCACAGCUUGUGCCGAAGGCAUUAGCUUGACCGCAGCAUCCAGGUUGGUUAUGUUGGACUCAGAGUGGAACCAUUCCAAGACAAGGCAAGCAAUUGCUCGAGCAUUCCGACCAGGGCAGGAGAAAGUGGUCUAUGUGUAUCUGCUAUUGGCUUCAGGGACUUGGGAAGAGGGCAAGUACAAGAGUAAUGCACGGAAGGCUUGGAUGUCGAAGAUGAUUUUCCUUGGCCGUUACAUCGAAUUUUCCUCUUCUAGACAGGUGGAACAUAUCGAUGAUGAACUCCUGAGGGAGCUUGUGGAGGAAGAUGAGAUAAAAAUGCUGCAGAUGAUAAUGAGACCUUCUUAAUUCAGGAACAACCGUAAAGCAGCCUGGAUAUCAAUCGAUAGAUCUACUCUUUGCUUGAAGUGCUGCUGCUUCCAAUGCAAGAACACGAGUUAUCUGUGUCAGCAUCGAACGAAACUGUACUUGAAAAUGUUAUUAAUUUUUGUUUCCCUGAAAUGUACAUCUUGCACUUUAAUUUUAAGACCAUUACUGAUUUGCACAAACAGAUAUGAAAGAUCAAUUACUAGUUACAGUUGACAAGGA